AUGGCAGACCUCGAGCCUCCCCACCGCGGCGGGGUGAACAACCGCACGCAACGCGAAACCACGCCUCUCCUGCGCUCCGACGCGCAACACAUCCGCAACCUUCCCUCCGAUGACUUCAUCGCCUGCCACGUGCGAAAGAUUCAUGGCGACGACAGCUGGGUCUGGCGGCUGCGGCAACGCUUGCAGGAUUUUCUGGCAAGCAAAUGGGGUCAUUAUUUCGUGCUCAUACUUGUCUCGCUGGAUAUUGCGUGUAUAUUUGCAGAUUUCUUGAUCUCGUUGCAUGUCUGUGAACAUAGUCGUGACAAAGGGUUCAGGCGGAGGGAUUGGCUGUUGCUUUCUGAUGUGUUGGGCUAUGUCAGCCUGACGUUUAGCUGCUUGUUCAUGGCGGAAUUGCUUGGGAGUGUGUUCGCUUUUGGAUUGAGUUACUUCAACUCCAAGUUUCACAUCUUUGACGCCACGGUCAUCAUCGCUGCCUUCAUCCUGGAUGUCCUCCUCCGCGGUCCUCUCGAAGAAGCCGGGUCCCUCGUGGUCGCUCUUCGCCUCUGGCGUGUUUUCAAGAUCAUUGAAGAGUUCUCGUCAGGCGCUGAAGACCAGCUCGCAGAGUUGGCAGAACGGAUCACUGAUCUGGAGCACGAGAAGGCUAAGAUCGCUGAGGAGAAUCAGGCGUUACGAUUGAGGGUACAAGGCGGUACUAAUUAA